CUUAGUGAUGGGACAAGGAAUGUUGCAGGUGAUUCGGUUAGACUGAGUUCGCACAGAAUGAUUUUUAUAAAAACUAAAAGAGAAUUCUGAUGCUCUCUGAAUACAAAAAUGUUAUUUUCAGCGAUAUAUAGUAUGGGUACAAUGGGGCUAAAGGAUAUUGAUUCAUCGCCUUUUGCGGACAUCCGUUUGUAUCGGUGUUCCGAGAUUAGAUUUCCUUUCACGUGAACGAUUAGUUGGUUUCAGGACUAUCUGUGCACUACAAAGGUUCAUUUCGUUUAAAAUGUUCUAUGUUUAUUUCUAAUACUACUGAAAUAUGCCGUCAGACAUUUAAAAAUAAAUCAAGCGACACUGCUAUCAGUCAGUAUUUGUUGCGGAAUUUUAUUUAUUUGUUUGCAGGUUAUGUGGCAGGAUUUAUAAUUGAAUUCGAAAUAAUCUUUUGUAAAUUGUAUACUUUUUGUAUAAAAAAUCAACGUAUUAAAUGCAUUAAACUAAAUCACUAAGCUUUCUGUUACAUACAGUCUGGAAAGAAAAAACAUGUGACUGAGAAUCAGCGACUUUCAUGUCCCAUAUACUGGUAAAACAACUGUUGAUUUCGUAAUCUAUUGAACUUCAGUAUAGUAUGGAAAAAGUUUUUAUUCAUUUAUGGCUUAUAGUGUUCAGAUAUCGUAAGCAUGAGAAUAUGCAAAUGAGACUAUAAUGUGUUACGUGAAAAACAUGCCUAUUUCAAAGAGACAGUGUGCAGUGUGUACGAACUGAUUUUUUUUAUUUGCAUUGCACGUGUUUACAUUCUCGUUACAUUUGUGAAAUCAGCAUAGAUUUUUUGCAUUAACAAAUCCACUGAUCUGAAGUAAAAAUUUGAAGAAAAAAGUUAUAAAUUUCUAAAUGGUAUAUUUUAGCUGUAUUUCUAAGCUAAAAAAGUGUAUUAUUUUCUGGAAAUGUAUUUUAGGUCAACUUAAUAAUGAUGACAUAUUUAUAUAGUUUUGUGCGUUGAAUUAUCAAAAUUUAUCUAAGAUUUCUUUCUCAUAAUUCAUAACAUUUUUUAGAUUGUCUGAAAUGUUUACAGUAAUCUGAAAAGUUUACAGUAACUGCGUAAAAUUAUUAUGUGAACAUUUUAUACUUCCACGCUGACAGCAUAUCACAAACAUUAUAUUCAUACUUAGACAAUAAUUAUUGUUAUAUUUCAAGAGUUAUCAUUUCUAUUUGAAAUUACAGCUCGACUAAUUUAUAUUAAAGUCAGAUAAAAAUCAUAUUUUAAGCCAAAUUAUAAAAGAAGCCAUUUAUUUUUCAUUAUAACAAGUAGUAUUCAUUGUUUUCAAUAUUUUUUGAAUAUGUCAGUUUGAAAAUGAAGCUCUUUUUUUAAAGGCAAAGGAAUAAAAUGAAUCAAAGAAUAAAUUAUGAAAUAUAUCACAAUAACAAAUAAUGCGAUAGCUAAAAAUAAUGUAUAUGAUAGUUAUAUAAAUUACAUAAUGAUUAAAUAAAUUAAAACCCAAAGCCGUAAAUAAUUUUAGUAAAUAAGUACAAUAAUUUUACAUGUAUGAUAAAUAAUUUUGUAUAACCUCAAGAAAUAGUAAUAGGUGUUAGUUUACGCAUGUGGUAUCGAUGCAAGAGCGGAAAUUUCAUUGUAAUAUGUCAGUUUUAUCAUAAAAGAAUGUUUAGUCACGUACUACAGAUUUCAUAGUUUCCUUCAAAAGUAUUUAUUUAUGCUUUGUAGGAAAGACAUAUACAUUAUUUUAUUUUACGAUGCAGAAGCAAAUUUCAUAAAUUUUGUGAAAAACUGAAGUAUGAUAUCUAUUAUGAACAGUGAAGAAGUACUAUUUAUCAUAUAACAACUAAAGAGUAUUGUCCGUUUAAGGACGUUUGUUUACUAGCACUGAGGACAAGUAUUAAAAAAUGGGCCAUGGACAAUCGUGCAAAAAGAAGAAAUUUACCGUUGAACAAGUCAGUGAAACAGAAAAGAAACCAGUGUCCCUUGAAGAUUUUCAAAUUCUACGAGCAAUAGGAAAAGGAAGUUUUGGGAAGGUCUGCAUCGUUCAGAAAAAUGAUACAAAGAAGAUGUACGCAAUGAAGUACAUGAAUAAGAGACAAUGCGUGGAGAAAGGUGCUUUCAAGAAUGUCUUGAGAGAAAUUGAAAUCUUGGCUGAUUUGGAGCAUCCUUUCUUAGUUAAUUUAUGGUUCACAUUCCAGGAUGAAGAAGAUAUGUUUAUGGUCGUAGAUUUACUCCUGGGAGGAGAUCUACGAUACCAUUUGCAGCAAAGCAAUUUUACAUUAGGUGCAGAAAGCGUAAGACUUUAUCUUUGCGAAAUUGCGUUGGCUCUCGAUUACCUACGAUCUAAGAGGAUCUUGCACAGGGAUAUCAAGCCUGAUAACAUCUUAAUAGAUGAAGCUGGACAUGCACAUGUAACCGAUUUUAACAUUGCUACAUUUAUUAGAGAUGGAGAAGUAGUUACUUCUGUUUCAGGGACGAAACCUUACAUGGCUCCCGAAGUCGUACUUUGUGCCUUAGAUCAUACUCAUGGCUACUCAUUUCCUGCUGACUGGUGGUCCCUAGGAGUAACAACGUACGAAAUGAUCUGCCGCAUGAGGCCGUACGACGUUCAUUCUUCAACGAGCAUGGAAGAAAUUCACGGUUUAAUGCAUAACACAUGCUUGCACUUUCCCAAGCACGUUGACCGGAGAUUUGCAAAUCUUAUUCAACAGUUACUAAGCUUGGAUCCCAAAACCAGAAUAUCUUCGAUCAAAGAAAUAAAGAAGCAUAGCUACAUGGAAUCUGUGGAUAUUUCGGCCGUGUACAACCGUCAGAUAAAACCACAUUUCAUACCAAGUAAAGAUCAACUUAACUGCGAUCCAACCUUUGAACUCGAAGAAAUGAUUAUUGAAUCCAAACCUCUUCAUAAAAAGAAAAAGAGACUAUCGAAACGAAACAAGACUAAAAGUAUCCUAACAAGCCAGAUAAGCAAAGAUGAAGAAGCAAUGCAGAUAUGCCUCGGCUCAAUACAGAAUGAAUUCAUAGUUUAUAACCGCGAAAGUGAAUUGGAGCAUCAAGUAAUGGAAGAAAAAAGAAAAUUAUGGGAAGAAGAACUAGCUAAAGUCGUCAGCUGACUUAUUUCCAGCAGGCCAGCUGUUACUGAUGUGGAAUAAUAAUGAGAAAAGCAACUGAAAAAUGAACACGCAGUUGAUCGCGAUUUAACAACGAUCUCUAAUGAAAGCUAUAAAAGACACUUUUUGGAGGAUACAAUUUCUAAUUAAAAUAAAAUUUAUAAAUUUUAAUGGAAAGAGAAAAUAAAGAAUUUUCUUCAAAAGUAUGGACAAUUUCUUACAAUUUUCAGAGGAAGCUUAUUCUCCUGCACUUUAUUAGUUUACAGUUUUUCAGACAUAAGUAAGCUAAUUCCACAGUUGGAAAGAAAAAAUAUAUUAUGAUUAGCAAAUAAUGCUUGUAUAACCUUAUUUUAAUUUUAAAUAACCAGUUAUAAUUAAUUAAAAUCUGCUUUGGCUUCUGUGAGUCCUGCCUGUAUAAAAGACGAAGAAGAAGAGCUCUAAAUGCAACAUUCGAUUUCUGAUUACUUUCUCUUUUAUACUGCUGUCUAUUACGAUUUUAUGGUGCCUUACAGUUACCGCUUUGAGGAUAAAAAUUUAGUGAGCGAGUUGAUUGAACUAAAGCUUGCUAAUUUAGCGUAAAUGAAAACGGUUUAAUUUGUUCUGAAAUUCGAAAAAUGUGAGCAUUAUAGAUUAGUUAGAACUCCAUCGAAGUUUAGGCGCUGCUUAUUGCAGCUUGGCAUAGAGUUCUGGUUAACUGUUUUUGGACUUAGCAGUAUUUAUCCAUAGACGAACAUGAUAAAAAAACUCGGAAUGAUUGAAGGUUAUAAACAUUAUUAUUAUUAUUAUUUGAAAGGAAUUGUAGUGAGUUAAGUACUUAUAAGACCUAAAUAAUUGUGAUUCAAGAACUGCAUAAUUUUGGAUUCUCUAUCAUGAGUUCAAAGAAAGAAUAUUAAAAUUCAAGAUUACCGUGAUGUAACCCCUCACCCCAUUUAGAUAUGAAUGCUUGCUUAUGAAAGAAAACACAAGCCUGAAUAAAAGUGACUUAAAAGAUUAAUGCCUGGCAACAAAAGAUAUCAAAUGCUUGAAGAAGGACAGCACGUUCUUCCGAUGAAUUCCAAGCUUACAGGGUAAGAUGCUUUUUAUGUAAUGUGCUGGUGGACGUCAAUUAUUUCUUAGACCUCAUCAGAAGAUCAUAAUGAUAUUAACCCAAUAAAGAGGAUCCGUGCAACAGAAAUAGCUCGAUGACCUUUGUCGGCUCGAUUUACUACUAUAAAGUUCGGAAUUCUAGUUUGGAGUUUAAAUACCAGCCGACGUUUUAAUUCCAGUUUUUGAUUCCAGUAUCGCCAAGACAACUAUUUCAACCAACUGAAAAAUAAACUCCUGAAAGAAAUCCAAAGGAAUUAAAAUCUCCAAAAAUAUUAAACCACAGUAGUGCCUACAAGAAACGAUACAAACUACAAUGUUGCUAACCUGUAGCCUUUUCGAAUGGGGAUCUAAAUGUCGUGUUUGAUAGUGCAACAUCCACGGGAAUAAUGCUAACUUUGACUGUUGAAGUAAGAACCAAUUUAAAAGCCAUGAUCGAGCCGUGCAACUAAUUAGGUAUAUUCAUGUCAUUUAGAAAAUAUAUGUGAGAGAAACGUGUUGUGCACAUAUUAACAGCAUCAUAGCUACCCAAAUGCAUCUAAAUUUGCCAAAGAAAUUUUACCAUUUUUUAUUUGGCUGUGCAAGGAGGAAAAACUGCGUUUCUGUGCAUCAUAUAACGGUAACGCGAUGUACUUGGGGCGAUUACGAUAAGUAAGACUCAACGUCCCUUUUUAAAGCUGUCAUCUUACCCCGUGUCAGUCCUCAUUCUGAUGUUGCCAGUGCAAUGAAACAGAACUGGACGUCUCUGAAUGGGAAAUCUUUUACUUAAAAUCCAGAUUUCUGGUUGUGCGGUAUUUUUCACCCUCAUUUUUCCGUUCCUGCAAAGGCAAUAUUUCCAGUGAACGAAGUCAUAAAACAGACACUUUUUGCAUCACGUGAUAUGCGUGCACCAGUUUAACAUCUUCAAACUGACUGAUCAGUGGCAUAAUUGCCUAAAAGUUUAGUGGCAGUUACUUAAAAAUAGUGUAAACCUGACAAGCUCCUAUAAAGUAAUAUUUUGCGUCAACUACAAAGAAAUGUUUUGAUCACCUCUUACAUACAAGGUAACUAUGCACCUCUUGCAUACAAGGUAACUAUGCACAGCAAAUAAUACUUAAAUUCAGAUUCUGGAAGGAAACCAAUUUUUAAUAAACGUUCUCGCCUAUAACUUUUUUUAACUAAAAUAAAUCUAUCUUAAAAUUCACUUACCAAAAGAGUAAUCGCUGAAAAUGAAAUCGGCCACCACAAGUUUCCAUGUAAAUGCGUAUCGACUACCAAUCGAUAAGAAAUAAUCACUGCAUUUUUGUAGCAGUAGCGUAGCUUCAUAUUCUUUUUUCUUUUUUUUUCCCCUAAGAUUUGCUUAUUUCUAGAAAAGGCGAUAAAAAUGAAGAGGAAAAACCGAUAAAAAAAAGAACGACUAAGGAUUAUAAUUGCUUAGAGGAACUACAAAAGCUUUACAUUGCAACAUUAGAAUUCCAAAAAUCCACGCGAACUUGAUCUGCCUGGAUAUCCCGUUAAUUCGGUUAAUUGAGUUCGAAAAAAACGGUUAAUUGAGUUGACUUUUCAUAGACUAAGCACUUAUUUACUUACGUGAGAGAACUUUUAUUCUUUUAUCGUGUUUUAUUGCAAUCGAGAUUACUUACUCAGUUAGAAAAAUUUAAUAUAUCUAUUUUAGUAAAAUAAAUCAUAAGAGAAUUUUUUUUUUUUUUUGUUUAUCCAGUUUUAUUGCAAAAAAAUAUUACAUAGUUAAAUAUAUUUAUUUUCGUAAAACAAAUUACGAAACACAUUCACAAACGUUUUCUUGCAAAGUAUGAAAUUGCAUUUAUUUGCUUAAACUGAAAAUUUUCUAUUUCAAAUAAUUGAAAACGGUGAAAUCAACUUUAAUUAAACAUAAUUUUGAAUUUGUGUACUGUGUUAAAAUUAAGCAAAGAAAUUUUUUUUAGUAAAAUAAAAUACAUAUCUCAAGUAGUAAGAAGAAGCUCUGCAUUUAGUACUUUAGUAUUUAGUAGUAGAAGCUCUGCAUUUAGUACAUAAUUGCUUUUACCCUAACGAGAGGUAGGGGUUAUCGACGUAUUAUUUUCUUAUUUCUUAACGGUGUCAGCCAGCCUAUCACAAAUGCCAUACACAUUCAUCAGUAUAAAUUAAAUAACUUCUUUGUUGCGAAAACGUACUUUACUUUACCCCUCUUUCUUACGAUUUGUUUGAAAAUAUAAUAUUUUUGGAACUGGCAGCAAGAGGAAAGCAGGAUUCUGACUGUUAGAAGACGAACCAAAAAUAAGCGUCAGUUUGAAUUUUGUAAAUCAAAUUGUACAUCAUCGGCUUCCAGUGUAAAUAAAUAAACUGUGCUUAUAGUAUAA